AUGGAUGAAGGGCUGCUGAGGUUUGAUUUUGUGGAAAUUGAAGAUUUAAGUGAUGGCACCAUUUUUGGACGAUGGUGUGGUACCAAUGGAGUUCCAGGAAUACAAAUAUCAAAGGCAAACCAAGUCAGGAUACGAUUUCGAUCUGAUGAGUAUCUGGCAUCAAAACCAGGCUUCUGCAUUUACUAUUCACUUUUAGAACCUCCUAAAUUGAAUAGGAACACGCUUCUGAAGGCAACUACAUUCAAAACGGCCCACUUUGAAAGCCCAACAGUACCACCACCUUCUCUGUCCCUGGAUAACUUAAAUGAGGCUGUUGCAGGCUUUGAUACAGUCGAAGAGCUGAUCAAGUACUUGGAACCGGAGCGAUGGCAACUUGACUUGGAUGACUUGUACAAACCUACGUGGCAGAUGCUCGGAAAGGCUUUUGUACAUGGUAGAAAAUCCAGAGUGGAUCUGAACUUGCUGAAAGAGGAGGUGAGACUCUACAGCUGCACGCCACGUAACACAUCAGUGUCUCUGCGAGAGGAACUGAAGCGGACUGAUACUAUCUACUGGCCGGGCUGUCUACUGGUGAAGCGCUGUGGAGGCAACUGUGCUUGCUGCUCACUAGGUUGCCACGAUUGUCAGUGUGCCCCCAUUAAAGUAUCAAAAAAAUACCAUGAGGUUCUUCAGCUACGAUACAGGAGCCCUGGGAAACCACUACAGAAAUCUCUUGCAGACGUUGGAUUGGAGCACCAUGAAGAAUGUGGCUGUGCAUGUAAAGGAACAACAGGAGGUUAAAUCAGUUUGGUCUUUAAAAGCAUUUACCUUACAGAGAAUUAAACCUUAGAGCAAUGGGGCCCUUUGUGCGUUAUCUUUCUUAGAAAUCACAGUCAUCUCAGUUUUUUGGGAUUUUUCCACUUCCUAGCUUGUUAAUGGAUCUUGGGUAAAAUCAGUUCUCCUGCUUAUGAAUGGAACUGCAAAAUAUUUAUACAGGGGAAGAGUCCGUCAACCAAAUGAAGAUUGAAUUGCUGGAUGAUAGCAAAGAAAAUGGCUCUUGCAUUGCACAUCAGGUUCCUUUUCUCUCUUUCGCCUUUGGAAAGAUAAAAAUGUAAUUAGUUCACUGUUCCAGUUCUGAAUCCAGUAAAAGUUCAGAAAAUAUUUUCAGGUAAAACAGCUCAUCUGGAGUCGCUUAUUGUUUACUUCAUUAACUUUGUGAGUUACAAUACUCCGAGAAAUGUUGCUGAAAACUCCAAGAAACUCUACUUGUUUCGUGCCGUUUCAUCCUCAAGUGACAUCAUGUUCUCUGAGCAUUAAACUUCUCUUCUACGUACAAUUUGUAAAGAGAACUGUCCCUCUAUGACUUCAGACACAAAGUCCUAUCAUGUGUAUCCCAGUGAGGAAUGCAUUGGGAAAUACAGAAUUUGAUGAGAUUGAGGACUUACUUUGAUGGACUUUUCUGAUGGAAUUGGCUGAAAAUGUGUACAUUUUAAAAAGUCUUCUCAUUUAGGCUAAUGUGGCUUAAGCUUCUUUUUAUAUCACAUUGAAUGUAUCUAUUUUGUACCAAACUUAUUUAAGAAUUUAGCUUUUUGGAUUCUCAUGAUUUACAGUACUUUGCAAAAAAGGGAAAUGGGUAGAUGUGGUUAAAAGCACAGCCAUAUCAUUGCACUGUUCAGGUUGGUGCUGUAUAUGGAAGCUACUAUUCCAAAGAUCAUUUUAACCAGAACUGCUACUCAGUUGUUGAUUUUGUCCAUAAAAUAAUUGUAGCUGUAUUUUAGUUCAAUCCAAUUUUACUUGUCUUCAUUGCAAAGGCAAAAUAGUGAGAAAAUAUGCUGACCUACAGUUAACAUAUUUUCACUUGGUGUCGGUCAGUUACUAACCAAGCUGAUAAAUGAUGAUCAUUUAACCAGAAUAAUUGGAUUCAUAUAAAGUUCAAUACAAGACAACAAAAUCAGUUGCCUAGGAAAUUGGACUCAUUUUUCGAUUAAAAAUCCAUGCUCAACAAUUCUAUAGCAUUCAAUUAAGAACAAAACAGAAUUGAAUCACCUGAACUUGUCACACAGUGAUAUUUAUUUAAUUUUAACUUAAAUGUUAAAAACUCACGCGUAUCAGCUAAUGUAGCAGAAACUAGAAUUGUAAAAGUUACAAAUAUUUCUGUAUGUUAUUCUUGAUUCUUGGCCACGGAAUAAUCAAUUAUCUGCAUAUUUAUUCUGUAUAUAGCGCUGUAAUGACCUUAAUUUUCAUUUGAAAUGCAAAACCCAGUCUCUCUUAAGGAACAAAGUGGGCAAAACUAUCUGUGCUUCCGUCAAAUAAAGAAGAAAAGAUGGACAUUAGAUUUUAUUUGGAACAUCAACAACUCUUGUAAAAUCUAUCCAAGGAACUUAUUAAAACAAUUCAAAUUGAGAAA